AUGGAUCGCACGCCUGUAGGCAGAUUGAAAAGGAGUUUAGAAGGGUUUGAAUUAGAUGAUUUUGUCAAUCCCGAGUCUGGGUACAGGCGAGGCCUCUCGGAGUUCGAAAAUCGCCCCACAAUAGCAUCAGAAACAAGAAAAAGAGUGACUAGACGAAAACAUCGGAACUCCAGGUUGGGAUGUGAUGAAUGCAAACGGCGGCGUAUCAAGUGUGAUGAAGAACUGCCCGAGUGUCGGAAUUGUCGGAACCGGAUCCGGAAACCAGACGACGACAACUAUUGUCAGUGCUCGUAUCUUCGAAUGAGUAAAAAAGAGAUAGAAGAGUUUAAAGCUCAAAAGCUAGGAAACAAUCUAUCGGAUGCAAUACCGACUGCCCGAAAAAGCGGUUCCUUUGGUGCUGAAUUCCGGAAAUCGCAGUCACCUUCGGAGGACGAUGGCAUUGAAAUCGUCAUGAUUCCGCACCGUCGAGUGGAUAUCCCAAGAUCGAUAUGGACGGCUCCAGCUGGCAUGGAGGUUUUGCGGGCUCCUCGUUCUCUGUACGUCCAAUUGUUGCUGAAUUGUUUGCAGGAUUGGACUCUGUCGACCAACGUGGUCAUCGCAUUGAAGCUUUUGGCAUCGAUCAAAUCUCACACACGCAAGAUCGAAAUAGCUCGAAAAGAGAAUCGCCAAGCAGCAGAACGAGAUCUGAUUCACGAACGGUCAACAUUUGAGCCAUUACUUCCAAAAUACCGGGGGAGGGUCUUGUCAUUUGUACGACAUCUCACAUCUACCUUUCUGACUGCCGAGUCUGUAGUUGCUGAUGAGGUCAUUGCGGCGCGCCUGCUGAUUGGGAACUCGACUUUACAGCUAAUGCAGAUGUAUACUGAUGCAAGAUAUAGUGAUGAUCAUCACAUGGCAAUGGUAGACGUGUGUCUUGAAAUGUACCGUAAGAACAUCGUGGUAAAAGUGGCACGUUCUCUACAGUAUUUUUGGAACGCUUUACCUCUUUAUCACAGUCUCAUUUACUUCCCGGCUUACUCAACCGACCUGCUGCUAGAAACCAUCGAAGUAUUACGCGACUUCAAACCAUUCGUGCUGUCAACGAACGACCCCUAUCUGGAACUACAUUUCACGGAGUUAUUCACAUAUCUCGAAUAUUUGGUGAGUCUUCUACCUCUUUCCUCCAGGGUUUUACCGCUCUCCAUCAAUGAGCUGUACGACGUGUAUCGACGUUGGACAACAAAUAUCCCUCCAGAAGCCUUUUGUAUCGUCGCGUCGAUGUCCGGAGUACACAGAGUAUUUUACACCUUCUACCACUCAAUUCCUGCAUAUCUCAACAAUCUGUUCCCUGCUGCAUGUUUUGUAUUGACACGUCAAUUUUAUGGUACCACGGCCUUCUACCCAUUUUCUUUGAAGACGAUACUCGAACACCUAGAACCUGAACUAGGACCGUUUGCCGAGUUCUCAAUCCGACUUCUAGCUUUUAUGGAAAGGAGAAACUACAUGUUUCGACAUCUGUUCAUUGUCAAGAACCCGUUGCCUGAUAGUCUUUCUAAGCAUAGGUUUCGCAUACGGAAAGUAUGCAACAUGAAAGAGAAACAAAUAAAGUCAUUGAGACAUGAACUGAUCACUUGGGAUAACUAUCCGGACCUUACACCUGUAGACGAAAGCCCGUCCGCCGUGGAUCAAGUUGGCGCUGAUGUGCAGGACGAGCCUCGCUACUAUGCUACGGAGGCAAAACAAGCACUUUCACAGCUGCAUUCGUGGAGAGCCGUGAAAGAUACUUUUAGCUCGCCAUUGGAACCCGUGGUUAAAAGCGCUCAAAACGAGAUGUCUGACUCGCUGUAUUUAGAUCAGAUUCUAUUGACAUUGAGAGAAGACAGUCAAUACGCGAGUUUUGGACAGGACAUUCCUGCUAUUGCGCCAGACGUGGAUCACUUUACUCAAACAGGACAUACACUGACUGAUAGAGGCAUGCUCAGUAAUGACUGUGACAUUAGCGUUUUUUUCGAGAAAACACGGCCAUCUUGUCUGGAAGAGUUGCCUCCGGUUGAAAUUCUCGAAAAAUACAAGCAAGACAGGAUAUGUGUCAUGAGGUAUUCGGACGAAAACUUGACAGUUUAA